UGUUUUAUUAUUAAAGCUACCUAUAUAACAAGAAAGGGAGAUACCCGUACGCCUCACCGCUCCCCAUUCUCUUAUAUUCUUAUUUUUAGCUUCAGUAGCUUGCAGAAAAGGAUCGAAGAGUGAAAACAAACCGGUAGAUUUAAGAUGGAAGCAUGCCGAUUUGUUAUAAGAGGUAAAGGAAAUGUUGAAGAUGAUACAGCCACCAGCAACGUUGGCGGUACGAUUCUUAGUAAUUCACUUCCAGAAAUUGUGUUUAAGGUAGUCGAUAAGACGAUCCUCUUAAACAUAUAUUGUGAGAAACAAAAAGGGACUUUGACGACAAUACUUGAAGAGGUCGAGAAUCAUGAUUUGAGUGUUGUUAAUUGUAGCAUGAUUCCAUUUGAUAAUUUUGCCUUGGACAUUACAAUUGUUGCACAGAUGGAAAAGGGUUUCAACCUGAAUCAGAAGAAUGAUCUUAUGAAAACUCUUCGUUCGGCUCUUGUUGUGGCCAGCUCCGAACACUAAGAACUGUUAUUGCUAGGACAAAUCCAUGGUUGAUGAGUCAUUAUCUUCUUAAUGACAUCUUAGUUGUUGCAUCCUAGUGAAAGUAUGAUAAUUGUAUUAGCUAUAUGUAUAAUAAUGUAUUCUGCAGUAGCAACUCUUUGAACGAAGUAAUUUAUAAAGAGUCUUGAACUUUGAAACCUA